CCUACUAUCCAACAGCUACUAUAGAAGCAUUCACGCCCACAAGUAUCUUCACUGCAGUAUCAGAGAACUAAUUAUUCAACAUGCAAAGAUGUGCAAUAACCUGCAAUAAAUUGUUACUUCUUACUCCUGCACUUUUCAUGUUAUUGUUACUAUAAUCUCUUUGUAAUUUACAAUAUUUCUUUGAAUACUACAUCUUUUAUGUAUUAUUUACAUACUUGCUACUUAAAAAUCCAAAAAAAAAAGCUGAAGUUUUAUCCCUUGGGAGUAAUGUUCUGUAUCUCUGUUGAAAACAAAGUCUCUGGGAAUCUGGGAAUAAUGGUCCCUCGAUGUCACUGUACCUCAUUAGCAAGUGCACAAAUAAAAACCGGUUCUCUAAAACUUAAGGUUCAUGCAUAGCACAGAACACUGCUAUCCUGUUGCUUCAUUUCUUUCGUUCACGUCACAGAAACAACAGUGAGAAAUCUGAACAUUUCCAUGAUGGUAAAUUCUACUGUAUGUUGUGCAUUUGAUUCACCAAUUUUGGAUAAGGUUCUACCUCCGGUCCUCAUCUUAGAAUUCAUCUUUGGGCUGCUGGGGAACUCUGUCGCCCUGUGUAUGUUCAUCCUUCGCCUCGAAGUAUGGAAACCCAAUGCCGUGUAUCUCACUCACCUGGCAGUGGCUGAUUCAGUAGUUAUCUUCUGUCUUCCGUUCCGAGCAGACUACUACCGACGCGGCAAGGACUGGAUUUUCGGCGACGCAUUUUGCCGCAUCCUGCUCUUCCUGUUGGCAGCUAACAGAGCGGCAGGCAUCUUCUUCCUCACGGCAGUGGCAGUGGACCGCUACCUGAAGAUUGUUCACCCUCACAACCGCAUUAACUAUAUGGGAUUAAAAUACGCCUUAUUCGUCUCCUGCGGUCUGUGGGCGCUGGUUGUGGCCGUCACUGCAUACCUGCUCUCUGAUAAGCAUUUUUUUGACCAUAAUAAUCGCACCCAGUGUGAAAGCUUUAACAUUUGUAUGGGAUUCAAUCCUUUGUCUACUUGGCACAACAUUUUCUAUGUCAUUCAGUUUUUCAUCCCUACGGCCAUCGUCAGUUUUUGCACAGUUUGCGUAACGUGGCAAUUAAAGAACAAGACGGUGGACACUCAGGGCAAAAUCAAGAGGGCCGUGCAUUUCGUGCUGGCUGUUGCGCUGGUGUUCAUCAUCUGCUUCUUUCCCAGCAGCAUGUCUCGCAUUGCCGUUUGGAUACUCAAAGCGUGGUACGACGAAUGCUCUUAUUUUCAGGAGGCUAACCUUGCGUUCUACACUUCUGUGUGUUUCACGUACUUCAACAGCGUCCUGAACCCUUUAGUUUACUACUUUUCCAGCCCUGCCUUUAGCGGAACCUUCCAGAAAUUCUUCAGCAGACUUCUCAACUGGAAAAAAACCGAGGAAGAGCUCACAACCAACCGCAACGGCAGCGUGACGGAAACAACCGGCACCUAAUGACAACAGCGAUAGAACACAAAGGUAUCCUAGGAGAACUGUACGGAAGAAUUAGCUGGAUGAUUUUCCAGUGCUAGCAUUGCAGUAAUUUCUUUUGUCAUUAAUGAAAUGCGAAUGUGUGAUAUUGGAUUUGUGCUUGACACUGAUAACAUCAUAAAGAGCAAAAUGUCAUUCAUUGCAUUUUCCAAAAAAUCAUAUUAAAAAUAAGCCUUACAUGCUGAGUAGUAUUUAUUUUAUAUGACAUUGAUAUUACCACAUUCACACUGGUGCCAGAAACAGGUUGACA